AAGAUAAUGGCGUUUUGGGGGACAUAAUACAUUCAAACCUGCACAUGGAUACACUGGAUGAUUUAUAAGAGAAAGGGAUGGGCUGAAGGCUUCAAAUUUGAAACUUAAGCUCUGUAUAACAGACGUAAAGAUUUCUAUUUGUGCCCUGAAAAAAAAAUCUUAUUUCCUGUGGCUGCAGACUUGAGAUCUCUGAAAACCAGACCCAGAGUCUCAUUGUGUAAAUCACAGAUUUACAACAUAAACUAAAAUCUCAACCUCUCAGGGUGUCUGCUGUUAGAGGCAUUCAAUAGAAAAGAAUGGGAUCCUGAAAAUUGGGAUGGAGACAUAUGGGAUGAUAAUAACGGUAGUGGGGGCAUUGGAACCCUGGAUUCUGCUGAGUCUUUGCAGAUAUACCUGUAAUGGUCUGCCCUGAGGGAACAGCCCACCACCUCCAGCCUACCCUGAGGAGACAGCUACCCAUCCUUCAGCCUGCCUUGAGGAAACACCUUCCUGAACUCAAGUCUGCCUUGAGGAGCCUGCCAUCCUACCUCCACCUAAAGAGAUUAACCCUUCAGUGCCUUCUAAACCUUUAAUCAUCUCCCCUGAGGAAGCCCUCACUCCUCUAUCUGGAGAAAUUAGUCCUGUUUCACCAGAUGAAACUGCAACGGAAUGUACUGAGUGAAGAAAAUAUUUGGAAGCUCUGUGAAUAUAUAAAAAACCAUGAUCAGUAUCCUUUAGAAGAAUGUUAUGCUGUCUUCAUAUCUAAUGAGAGGAAGAUGAUACCCAUCUGGAAACAACAGGCGAGACCUGGAGAAGGACCCGUGAUCUGGGAUUACCAUGUUGUUUUGCUUCAUGUUUCAAGUGGAGGACAGAGCUUCAUUUAUGAUCUCGAUACUGUCUUGCCAUUUCCCUGCCCCUUUGACACUUAUGUAGAGGAUGCCUUUAAGUCUGAUGAUGACAUUCACCCACAGUUUAGAAGGAAAUUUAGAGUGAUCCGUGCAGAUUCAUAUUUGAAGAAUUUUGCCUCUGAUCGCUCUCACAUGAAAGAUUCUAGUGGGAACUGGAGAGAACCGCCUCCAUCAUAUCCUUGUAUUGAAACUGGAGAUUCCAAAAUGAAUCUGAAUGAUUUCAUCAGUAUGAAUCCUGCAGUAGGAUGGGGAGCUGUCUACACACUAUCUGAAUUUGCACAUCGGUUUGGCAGUAAAAAAAAACUACUGAACUUGACACCUGGAUGUGGAAUCUUGGAAAGAUUCUAGGACAUAAGCAAUCCAUUCCUUCAUUUAGGACAGCACACAGUAUGGUACAGUUGGCUUGGAAUUAUGUUCUUUUAUUUCAAUUGAGUUGAAACAUGAGUAAAUGAAAUAUUAACUAAAUAAAAAAAUUUUUUGAUAGUCAUGUUGAAACAUGAUACAGUAUAUAAUUGCUAAGAUAUUCCCAAAUCCUCUGUUAAAACAUGAGACGACUUAUGCCAGUGAUUGCUCUUGUUAUGAUAGGGCUGUGGACUCGGAGCUGGCUCUUUGUGUCUGUUCUGUAUGUUUCCUGCCUCUCCAGAUGCUCUGUAAGCUCCUUGAGGGCAGGGCCGUGCCCCAGGGCUGUGAAUCUCUAAUGCUCACAAAAGGUGACCAUAAAAUGUUUGCCAGUGACUGUGCUGCUGCUUGAAGAGGGAUAAAAUUGUUAGCUGAAUCAGCCAUAAUUAGUCUUUGGGACAAUUAUAUUCUUUAAAAAGACUGCACCCCUCUCAGUCUUGAGUGUUAUGUGGCCUAUUUAUAUAUGUUUUUAAAUAAAAGUGAUUUAAAAUUAA